UAUUCUCGCGUAAAACUACUGCUCUGCGCAUGACAGUGAUUCGUGGCUACCUACUUCCUUUUAAAAGUCUCACGCCUGGCCUUGGUUGUAAUAUCUGAAGUACCAAGAGAAAUCCUUAAACAUCCAUCAAAAUGUUGAUUUUCAAGGAUAAAGUAACAGGCGAUGAGCUCUUCAGUGAUGCCAAUAAUAUGAAACUUAUUGAUAAUAUAUAUUACGAAGUAUACGCAAAGGUAAGAACAGAGAAUACGGGUAUUGAUGAGUCGUUGUUGGGUUCUAAUCCAAGUGCUGAAGAUGCCCAAGAGACUGCUUGUGAUGGUAGCAUUAGUGGUAUAGAUAUUGUACUUGCUAAUCGUUUGAAACCAACCGGGUUUGACAAGAAGGGCUUCGGAACCUUGAUCAAGGACUAUUUCAAAAAAGGUAUAGCAGCUUUAGAGGAUGAGGGAAUUCCAAAGGAAGAAAUAGAUGAAAUUAAACAACGGUGUGGUGAAAAGUGUAAAAAAUUAUAUUCUGAAUACAAAGAAAUGGAAUUUUGGUUAGGCGAAAGUCAAGAACCCGAAGGCUUAGUUGGUAUUUCUUAUUACACCGGGGAUACAGAAGUGACGAUGAUCUUCUUUAAAUUUGGAUUAAACCGGGAAAAAUUUUAAAAUGGCUCUAAUUAGGAAAUAUACAAAAAGCUUUCUUGAAGAUGGAAAAAAAUUAAAAAAAAACAAAACACAAUUAUUGUGCACAAGACUAUUGAAGUGACAAUGAAAUAGUAGGGGUUUUGGAUGGGGGAGGAUUAUAUUUAUUUGAUCAUUUAAACAAUCUGAAUACUUCCAUCGAAUAUUGAUCACCAAGGACUUUAUUUUAAAUGAAAACUACCUGUUCAGUUAUACCUGAGUUAUACCCGUUUAAUUGGCAUCCUUGAAGAGAAACGACGAGACAUAUAUUUAUAAACAGUGUUGGACUUGCUGCUUAAACUUGCUGUUUUUAUAUAGUGACGGCUAAUAUUACUAUUGAUGUUAACCGAGGACUAAAAGGCUGUCAGUCAAUAGACUGUGAUAAUUAUAAAGUUGGGAGAUUUUUAACACCUGUAAUUAUGACAAGACAAUUUACUGCUACAGAAUAAAUUAUUCUACAUCA